AUGCAUGCAAAUAGAGAAAUAUACAGUUUAAUUGAGAAGGUAGACUCCUUGCAAACCAAAACGAGGAAAUAUUUUACGCUAAAUUCAAGUCUUCCAGCAGAGAGGACUCGGGCUGGCACUUACCUUAUGAGCCUAGAUGGUGGUGGAAUUCGUGGGUUCAAUACUACAACAUAUCUCAUUGCUCUGGAAGAUCGCAUGAAGGAACUCUCACCUAAAUGUCCCCCUAUUCAAUAUUAUUUUGAUUACAUAGCUGGUACUAGUUCUGGUGCUAUUGCUGCCCUUAUCCUCCUCUAUACAAACUACUCACUCAGAAUUGGACGAUGUCUAGUCUAUCAAAUUUUGAUGAAAGUUUUCACUUUAAAAUCUAUUAAAGAGCGCAAGAAUUCAAUGGAAACAAAUCUUCAAAGCAUAUUUAAGAAAAACGUCAUGUCAUCUUUGAGAGGCCCACCACAUGCUAUAGUCACUACUACAAAGGAUCCUGGAAAGCUUUGCUUGAUGACAAGUUAUGAUGAGAGUGAAGCUGGAUCAAAUCAGCAAAUUUGGAAGGCAGCUCGCAUGUCAUCCGCUGCUCCCUUCAUUUUUCCUUCUGUUGAUGACAUCUAUCUUGAUGGUGGCCUAGUAGCAAAUAAUCCAACCAAUGCUGCCUUGGAAGAGAUUAGCCAAAUUGAACAAAAUUGUGAGUUUGGUUGUAUAUUGUCGAUUGGGACGGGAUCUUUUGAAAAUCCCAAACUUAAAGACAACUGGGAUUAUUUCUAUUGGACUUUCCCUUUUGAUCAACUUCGUAAUCCAUUGGAACUGACAAAAACCAUCAAAACUUUUAUAAAGAAUAGUUAUACCAAAGUUAGAGAGUCAAGUGAAGAAUCUGCAAAAUCUUUAUGUGAAACCAAAGGCUGGGAGUAUCACCGCUGGUCUCCACCUCUCCAUAAAAAUUUAGGUUCUGCUUGUACGGAACUCAAUAUAAUUAUUGACAUGAUGUAUCACACAGAAAUGUAUAUUCUUCAGCAUCCAGAAACAAUUGAUGGCAUUGCUAAAUGCAUACUUGCAAAGAAACCAGCUAAUUAG